AAAGAAAAAGAAAUCUUCUUAGAAAUUGGCGUUCUGAAAAUUUUCCAUUCAGCUGUUCGAGCACCGGUGCGACGGAUUCGAUUAAGGCAAAAGAAAAGAAAGAUUUAUCCGAAUUCAUCGAGUUGGAACGGAAAUUGUGUAGCCAUUUAAGGCUGAAUUUCGAAAAUGAGUAAAGCUAUGCAGUUGCUAGGCAGUAAAAUUAGUUUAAUCUCCAAGUCAGAGAUCCGUUACGAAGGGAUCUUAUUUACGCUGAAUCCCAACGAAUCCACUUUGGCUUUGGCUAAGGUGCGUAUGUUUGGAACAGAAAAUCGACCUACAGAUAACCCUGUUGCUGCAAGAGAUGAGGUGUUUGAAUUUAUUAUCUUCAGAGGUCAGGAUAUCAAAGACAUUCGUCUUUGUGAACCACCUGCACCACAACCUCCUAUUCCUGGAACACUUCCAUAUGAUCCAGCCAUUGUUCAGCAUUCAGUCCCUGGUGUUGGAUCUCUUGGAGCAACAGGACUUCAACAGGCAACUGGACUUGCUGGUAGCAUCAUGAGGCCAAAUUUUGGACCAUUGGGUGGUCUGAAUCCCUAUCCAAAUCUAGAUGGUGGGGCUACUGGUGGCCCCCUAGGACAGCUAGGAAAUCUUAUGGCACCAAGCUUAGGUGCAGGGCUAGGAGGUUUAACUGGUGGACUUGGACUGAGUGGAGCCGCCGCUGUUGCUGCAGCCAGUGAGUUACCCCUUUCCCCUCACGGGGAAAUGCCCCCUCACCCGGAUCAUUUGUCCGAGGCAGACCAAGAUUUGUUGGGGGGAGUGGGAAGAUCCAAUAACUCAACGCCAGUGGGAGGUGCAUCAGGAACAACAAGCCAGGCUAGAAAAUCACCAUUGCUUGGUGACAAGGAAGAUCAACGGACAAGUAGCCGUGGAUCGGGAGGUGGCGGUCGAUCUCAACAGAACGAUAGAAGCCAGCAACAGCGAGGGGGAAAUGGUAGAUCAAAUUCUCGUGGACGAGCACGUGGAAACAAUGCUGGAGGUAGUCAGAAUGUUGAUCGUAGAGAUGGUAACCGAUCUCAGGGGGGGCAUCCGCAAGGUUCGUUCAAUCGAUUUGCAAGCAAUUUCAAUAAUCGAUCCAAGGGGCCUCUAAAAUUUGAUGAAGACUAUGAUUUUGAAUCUGCUAACGUGAAGUUUGAAGAACUGAAAAACAAAAUGGGUAAAAUGAAGAUUGGUGGUGACACCGUACUUGUUCUUAGCGGUCCUCCUGGAUCUACCGUAGAAGGGGAGAAGAAGGAGAAAACAGAAAGCGAGCUCACCGAAGCAGUUACAAAUUCAGGUGAUGGCGAAGCUUCGACAGAAGCUUUGGUUUCGGUUUCACCUAACGACGAUGGUAAAGCACCCGAAUCUCCAGUAAAGCCCAUCUGCUACGAUAAGACGCGCUCUUUCUUUGACUCCAUCAGUUGUGAGGCUGUAGAACGCAGCAAGGGUAGCAAUACACAGCGGACAGAUUGGCGUCAAGAGCGAAAAUUGAACGCGGAAACCUUUGGAUUGCCGUUUAACCAGCGCAGAGGUGGAUUCAACCGUGGAGGCGGUGGUGGACGAGGUUACUACGGAGGGCGAGGAGGCGGAGGUGGGGGGUAUUACCGCCAGCAAAGUAAUGAUGGCGGCGGUUAUCAGCAACGUGACGGCGGUUAUCAACAACGUGAUGGUUACCAGCAGCGAGAAGGCGGUUAUCAGAACCGAGAUGUAGGUUACCAACAGCGCGAUGGUGGAUUCCAGCAGAGGGAUGGAGGUUACCAACAAAGAGAUGGAGGUUAUCAACAGCGAAGUGGUUAUCGAGGAUCAGGUGGAUACAGAGGUGGCCGUAGUGCCCGAGGUGGAAAUGGUGGUGGGAGCAAUAGAGAUUCCGAAUCCACCGGCCAACCCAGAGGAGGAUACAACCAGAGAAGGACCUGGCAACAACAAGAGAAUCGAACGUAGAGUUGUUCGUUGACUGGCUGCUGAAGCGUAUUUGAAACGAAGAAUGAUUCUGUCGAACAUUUGAUGAGAGAUGUGGGGGGCAUUUGGUGUGAGAGGUUCUGUUUGGUAGAGUUGGGAAACGGCGUAUGAUAAGUGGUGUGAGCGGUGCGAGUUGGUGUACAGUUUCUUCGGUUUGUCGUCUUGCCGUUGGUGUGAAGUGAUCGUAACUCUUGUUGGGCCCUCCUCUCGUCUUGUACGGAUCGUUCCUUGCGUCUCUUCAGGUCUCAGUAGCCGGAAAUUGAAGAACGGAUAUUUUUUUUUUUCUAUUUUGCUGUGAGAGGAUCGAUGGAUUUACCUUUGGAUUUAACACCUGGAACAGAAGGAAGUUGAUAUUUUCGUUUUUCUUUUGUUUGUUUCUCACCCGUUAAUUUCCUUAAUUAUUGUAGAGACUUUUGACUUGUUUUUCCUUUUUCUCGUCUAUUCAUAUUUUGCAUCUGUCCCCAGUUCACUCAGUUUGUCUCCCAACUGCCCCCUUUACAUUGUUCCCGUCCCAUUUCCAAUAUUUCUGAAUGAAUGUGUGUGGGGUGUAAUGAUUAAAAGUCAUGUAAUUGAGCAAGAUGGUCAACUUUGUCGGAAUUGCAAAGAUGUGCUACGCUUCGGAACCGCGAGUGAUUUUUACACGACGUGUCAAAUCGUAAAUUUUCGUAUUCUACGUGACUCGCGCCUCGUCCAUACUUUUUGGUAAAUAUAAUUCCACGACUUGUGAAGAACACCGGCAAAUGGCACUCGACCGGCUUCUGUAUUGGUUAUUUGCUCCUAUAUUGUGGGCAUGUACUCAAAGCUCGUAAAAAACAGAAGCACAAUAAAAUAUAAAACGUCGUGUAAUCAA